UGGCAGGGUCACUAUGCAUGUGAACACAGACAGAGCCUGGGUGGGAUGGGAGCGAAAGGCCUAUAAAUACUGUGCAGGAGAGCACAGCAGCACCCAUCUCUGACAAGGUCAAACCAAGAGUCUGCCUUCAUACCCAUCGUUUUUUUACACCUCCUCUGGAAUCCCAUCAUGGAUAUCCCCAUCCAGUAUCCCUGGUUCCGUCGGGCCUUCUCUCGUCGACUCUCCGACAUCUCCUUGGCAGAACCUCUCACUGAUUGGCCACUAAUCUGGCCCUUCCCCUGGUCCUUCCCCUGGAUACGCCCUUCAAAUAUGCGCUGGUUCAACUGGCCCGAAAAUGGACACAGUGAGAUGCGCAUUGAAAAGGAUCGCUAUGUAAUUUUCCUGGAUGUGAAGCAUUUCUCACCUGAGGAGCUGUCUGUCAAUGUCAGUGACGAGUUCAUCACAAUACACUGCAAACAGGAGGGCAGACAGGAUGACCACGGCUUUGUGUCAAGAGAGUUUCUGAGGAAAUUCAGGCUUCCUGCUGGCGUGUCAGCUGCUGAUGUCACCUCCAGCCUGUCAUUUGAUGGUAUCCUCACGAUCACUGCACCUCGGUCGUCUACCGGCUCAGAGCGCACUAUUCCUGUUACCUGUGAGGACGGAACAACCAAACAGAAAAUGUAGAGCAGAGUCUGACGCGCUUCACACUGCUCUACUACUAACCCCAAGUUCUGCCUGUUUUUAUUUUUAACCUGUUAUAGUUUUGUUGGCAGUUUAGCAGACAGGAUAAAGUAGGCAGGGCAUGCAGGUCCUGUGGUCUGUGAGUGCAAGUGCCUUCUAAUAAACUGAUAUCUAAUUCCUAACUCAGUUUUAUUCUGAUGUGUCUGCAAGACAACUAUGCUUUAAAACCAAAGGCUAAUAUGUUGUUAUCAUGUAACUGAGUAUAUGAUAUGUUUGUGGAGUCACAGUGGAGGUGCAGGAUAAUUAACUUUUGAGAGUUAAUUUCCCAAUCACAAGCCGACAGAAUCCCUCUUAAAAGCUUACCCUUCUGCCAAAAAAAAAUCACACCUCUGUAUAUGUAAAUUAAAUUAAGGGCAUGUGAUUAUAUUUUUAAGGUAUUUCCUUUCAUUCAUCAAACAUUUCCAAAUGUUAUAUAAUUAUAUAAUGACUGUACCAGCUCUGCAGUUUAGUGAAAAAAAUGUUAGCAUUUGUUCAUUGAACCCAAACUAGCUUGCAACAACUUUUAGUUUUACAGGGAAAUGCUAAAAUGUCAAUUUAAGGGAGUCUCAAAAUUGGCCUCUGGAGGUCACAACAGACUAAAAUUGUUAAACUUAAUUGAAUCUACAGUGCACAGUACUGUUUGAGUGGGUAAGAGUAAGAUGCCAAGUGUGCUUUGUUAAUUAUUUUAGUGUUGUUUUUUUGUAUUUGUGAGGAGGAGGGAAUUCUCUGAAGGCCCUUGCAGUAAUUUUUUGUUUGUUCACUAAAAUAAAGCCACCAAAGGAACUGGACCAGGUGUGUGUGUGAAGAUGGAGGGUGAAUGAGCAGUAGGGAAAGAAGUGGACGGGGGAGGAACUGAUGUUUGGAGACGGACAACUUUUAUUAUUGGGCUCCUUUUCCUCUUGGGAGCAUGCCUCUGAGCUGCUAAGGAAAGUCUGAGUGAAAGUAUGUGAGAGUGAGUGCAUAUGCGCUUGUAGGUGUCCCAGUUACAGCCCUAUCAUUCCCUCAUAUCGGAGAAAGCCCUCUGGCAUAUUAACACAGAAAACAGCAAUUAGAAUAAAUGUUGAAACUCAA